AUGGAUCUUGCCUACGACCACAUUCAAGAAGCAGCCUUCCCCAAGGACAAGGAGGAGUCCAGCGAGACGUCCAGGCCGGAGCAGCAGGAACCGUCGUUGAACAAUGAGCUGCAAGACGCGUACAAGGCCAUCUCCUCCAGCGCAUGGGGCAUGAGAAUCGGCGGCUUUCUCGGGAGCGUCGUGAAGCAGGGGGAAUCGGUGUACGCCCAAGCCCAGAAGGAGCUUGCGGAGGUGGGCGGAGACGCCACCAAGGGUCUCACCGACUUGAGGGACUCGCUGAUGAGCCGAACGCGUUCUCUCUCGCCAAGCGCCGGCGCCCCCGCGGAUGCCGCCGCCAAGGACGAAGACGAGGACGAUGCGCGCCCCGCGCCGAGGCAGUCGGAAAGCAACCCUCGCCCCGACGCCGCCGGGCCGUCGUCCGAGACGGUGCUGUCGCGACUUCGAGCAGAGGCCUCCAAGCGCAUCAAGGACCUGCAAAGGGCCGAAGACGCCGCCGACGAGGCUCUGCUGCGGUUCGGGACCAACGUCCGGGACUUCCUGCGCGAUGCCAUCAGCGUCGCCCCGCCCGACGAGUCGUCGUCGUCGUCGUCGUCGUCCCAGCCCGCGGCUGUUCUCUUUGAGAGCAAGGAUGCGCAGGGCAAGCGGGUGAUUCACACGUCGCGCUUCGACGCGCAGAUGCACGUUAUCCAUACCUCGCUGGAUGGGUUCACAAAGGAUCCUUCCGGUGACGAGUUUAACAGAUGGGUCGACGGUUUCGACGUGACGCGCAAGACGGAUGCCAUCAGCCAAGACCUGGUCAAGUACCCCGAGCUGAAGGCGUCGAUGGAAAAGCUGGUGCCCGAAAAAGUCCCCUGCGCAGAGUUCUGGAGGCGGUACUACUUUCUCAGACACGGCAUCGAGACUGCCGAGUCAAGGCGUCGCGACCUAUUAAAUGCUGCAUCCGCUGAAGACGAAGUUGGAUGGGAUGACGACUCGGAUGACGAGGGCGCGGGUGCGGGAAAGAAGCCGGCUGAAGAGAAUCCAAGCUCCGGCGCGUCCUCGACGACAAUCCAACGUCCCCCUGCCUUACUCAAGCCAAACGAAGCCCUCAAAUUGCACGAUGAAAAGUCGCAGGCCGAUAGCGAAGCAAGCUACGACGUCGUCGGCGCCACCUCUGGCAAAACUACCCAGGCACCCAACAGCCCCAAAGACUCCAAGAAGGGAGACGAGAGCGAUGAUGACUGGGAGUAA